AUUCGCACCCAACACGCGCCCAGUUGUCGUUCAAAUAGCAUCCCAAACGGUUCGUCUUAUCGUUCGUCCCCGCACGAUUCCUUGACGUUUGACGUUGUCCUUGUGAGCGAAAGGGUACAUUUGAAAUUCAAACCAAUCCAAGUAACCGGCGACAAACCGUCUGUGGGACUGAGGGGGAAAAAACCAUAAAAGCCUCAUCACAGUAAUCGCUGACCUCAGAGUGUUGGAACAAUCGCGUCUUGAACUCCCGGUACGCAUCAUUUUCAACGAAAAUUCAGUUUCAAAUUCCAUCCAGUGCAUCGAUUUACGCGCCUAUUUCCGGGUGUUAACGAAGCUGCUAAGCCCAUCGCGCUCGAAGCAACGACCAGCUCAUCAAAAAUGUCUUUCCGUGCUAUCUCUUCGCCGGUCGUACGCCGUCUGCUGGAAGCAAACAACCGCAAGGUUAUGCAGCACCGGUUCGCUUCAACCCACAAUUACGCCUCGGAUUUGCGAGGCUUUACCAUGGCAGAUAUGAAGAAGAAUCCUGCUGUUAUACCGUUGGUGCUCAUCAUGACAACGGCUGUUGUAGGAUGCACCGGCUUCAUACUUUACUCGAGUGGCACCCGUACGGAUGUGAGCUUGAACAAAAAAGUAUUCCCGUUCGAUACCAUGGACGCGAUGCAUCCGCAAAAGAAGAAGAUUUUUGUGUUCAACCAAAAGUACGAACCGAACCCGGAACUGAAGGAGGCACUCAGCUACCGUGAAGAGUACCAAAAAUUGGCCGAUAAAUAGAUGUAGAUCGAUAACAGUAACAACCGUAACGCGGAUUGACACAUCGCCAACGGGGCGGCCCUACCAUCAGUCGACCACUGUCAUCUCACGGGACAGGAUGAACGGCGGAACACAGACACAUCUCGCACAUAACGCAUAUGAACAAAUAUAACUAAUCGAUCCGCUACCCUUCACAGGGCGAUCCCGCGUGUCCCCCCGUUGGGACUGUUUUGAUGUUUUAUUGGAUGUUGAGUGUAGCAAAAACAACGUAGAAUCGCUUGAAUAAGCUUAAUUGUUGCAGCAGAGAUGCAUUUGCAUUUAGAACGCUUUUGCAUCAGCCAAUAUGCAUGUGUGCCUGCACUCGCGCAUCUGCCAGUGACUAUCAGAGCAGCGUGCUAUAGAGAAGAAAAAAAACCUUACCCACAAUAAAUAUAAAUCGAUGUUUCAACCACCGUA